AUGAAGCUCUGCUUAUUCAUUGCAAUUGAGGAUAAAUAUACUUUCGUCUGUGGUUUACCUCUAAAAAACAGACAUCUUUGCGUCAUCUUUGCAAUCUUGCAGUUUCUUGUUGCUCUUGCUUCACUUCUUCAGCAUGUUUACUCGAUACGAAAACACAGUACCAUAUUUGCAUGCCAGUCGAAUAUUACAACAAGUUCAACUGCAGCUGAGAUGUUUUUAGCCUAUGAUAUUAUUAUAUUUGAUUACGGCCUAAUGCAUCGCGUAUUAGGAACCAGUGAGUGCAUAGCAAAUUAUCUGGACGGUGGUUUUAUGCGCUCCGUUUGGUGUUUGUCGCAUACCAGUUCACUGUUUUUAUUGCUAAUCGCAUUAUUUUUCCUUACUAAACCAAUCUGGUUACUUUGGCCAGGUAAGUGUUCAAUUCCGCCUGUUACUAUUAUUCUUGUCCUUUCACCACUGAUAUGAAAUCGUCCAAAAUCUGUUCCGCCCCACAACAAACAUUUAGCCUCCGUUAAAAGGAUCACAUUUGCAGUAUGAAACUUGUGUACUUCUCUGGUCCACACAGUACUGAAACAUCUUCGAAGAAAUCUUUCAGCAC